CCAAUUGUUUUAAUUAUUUUUUCUCUUUUAUCAACUUUUUUUGUAUCUUCGAGAGAACAAGAAAAAGGUAAAAUGGAUAGACAAAAAAGCAUGGAGAAAGGGUUACUGAGGAAGAGCUUAAGCAUAAGAGAGAGGAAGUUCCCAAACGAAGACCUUUUUCUUGAAACUGGAUUAUCGAGGAAAUCCCCGAGAGAUAUAACCAAGAAAUCACCGAGAGAUAUUAUCAAGAAAGCUCAAAACGACGAUGGUGAAUGUCGUGUUACCGCCAUUGUAUUCCUCAGCACCUUUGUUGCCGUCUCUGGCUCUUUCUGCACCGGGUGUGGCGCCGGUUUUUCAUCGGGUGCCCAAACAGGGAUUACAAAAGAUCUAUCUCUCUCAGUUGCAGAGUACUCUAUGUUCGCGUCCGUUUUGACGCUAGGAGGUUUGAUUGGUGCAGUCUUCAGCGGUAAAGUCGCUGACGUCUUGGGAAGAAAGCGGACCAUGUUGUUUUGCGAAGCCUUCUGCCUUACAGGCUGGCUUGCGGUAGCAUUGGCCCAGGACGCAUUGUGGCUGGACUGUGGAAGAUUAUUACUUGGAAUCGGUGUUGGUUUAUUUAGCUACGUGAUUCCAGUCUAUAUAGCCGAAAUUGCACCGAAGCAUGUCCGUGGAUCGUUUGUGUUCGCCAAUCAACUGAUGCAAAAUUGCGGCAUUGCACUCUUCUUCAUCAUUGGCAAUUUCAUUCCAUGGAGAUGGCUAGCAAUAGUCGGUUUUGUGCCAUGCGUGCUCCACGUUUUUUGUUUAUUUUUCAUUCCCGAGUCUCCAAGAUGGUUGGCGAAAAAAGGUCGCGAUAAAGAAUGCCGAUCGGCUUUGCAACGCCUUAGGGGACCCGAUGUGGACAUUUCGCGUGAAGCAAACACAAUUAGGGAUACCAUAGAAUUAUCGGAGCUCGAUGGUGAAACUCGAAUGGCUGAAUUGUUUCAGAGACGAUAUGCAUAUCCGUUACUUAUCGGAGUCGGUUUAAUGUUUUUGCAACAAUUAAGCGGUAGCUCGGGUGUAACUUAUUAUGCCAGUAGCCUCUUCCAAAAAGGAGGAUUUCCUAGUGCUAUCGGCACAUCAGUAAUAGCCACGAUCAUGGUUCCAAAAGCAAUGCUGGGAACAAUCAUAGUCGAUAAAUUGGGGAGGAGAACACUCCUAAUGUCUUCUUGUGCUGCGAUGGGCUUAAGUGCUUUCCUGUUAAGUGUUUCAUACGGUUUCCAGUCAUUUGGAAUUCUACCGGAUCUUACUCCCAUCCUCACUUGCAUCGGCGUAUUGGGUCAUAUUGUGUCAUUUGCGAUGGGAAUGGGAGGACUACCAUGGAUUAUAAUGGCUGAGAUAUUUCCCAUGAAUGUGAAAGUGUCAGCGGGAACCUUAGUUACCGUAACUAAUUGGUUAUUUGGUUGGGUUAUCACAUAUACUUUCAACUUCAUGCUACAAUGGAAUGCAUCAGGAAUGUUCUUCAUCUUUUCAAUGGUCUCCGCAUUUUCGAUUGUAUUUAUAUACUUUUUAGUACCGGAGACGAAAGGCCGAUCACUUGAAGAAAUACAAGCAUUGUUCACCAACUCUGUACAAUGAUUCAUACAAAUCGAUUAUUGUAAUUGAAAAAUCGAUUAUUAUGAUUGGUGUGGGUUUACAUGAGAUUUGUGUAUGGAUCUAAUUUUAUAUGGGAAAAUGACAACAAUAAAUUUGUAUU